AGCGCUGGUCAGUAACUGUGGCCAGGAACGGACGCUUGGGAAGGAAUCCCAAAACUUUCCCCCAAGUGUUUACCUCACACUUUCACGUCGUUUCCAGUUCGUACGGUGUUAAAACUACGUGUGCUACAAGUGACGCUCGACGAUGAAGUGGAUAUUACCGAGGAGGGCCUGGAGAAAGGAAACAUGAGAGGGGAGGAAAACUUGUGGAAUGAUGCCUGAGCGACUGCAUGCCUCCCUACAAAGUUCAGCUAAGGCUUCCAGUGUUCCUUUUUACUACUCUGCAGUUACAUCCAGUACGACACAGCGCUCCUGGCAUCACCCAAAACCAAAGGGAAGAGUCACACAAUGAAGGUGACGGUGACAUUUGGGCAGACGGGUGUGGUGGUACCUUGUAAAGAGGGAUGGACUGUGAGGGACCUCAUCCAACAAGCCACUCAGAGAUACAGAAAACUGCUGGAACAGGAAGGGGAAUUUGUGGUUCGGACACACCAUGUUGAAUACUGCGAUGGGGGGAUUCUGGACCCUGAUGAUACACUUAGUGAUCUUGUGGAGGACAAGGACAAGCUGAUGGCUGUGUAUGAGGAACAGGAAGCCCAGGAGAGGGAUGCAGCCAACACAAGCCCUGCGCCCAGCCAUGAUCGCUACCAGCCCGAGCUGUCGGUCUUCCAGCCAAUCCCGGGAGGAGAGAUAGAAGUCAAUUCGUCAGCUCUCAAGUCAAACACCCCCCUGCUGGUGAGAAGCAGCAGUGAUUCAGCUCUCGGUGCUCAGUCAGCAGAGCUUGAACCUUCCCGCCAUGAAGAUGCCUCUGUGAUGACAGCAAGUACUACUGUUGCGAGACCCCAAGUCAAAUAUGCUUUCAAUGAGAGCCUGACAAGAACUGUGGAGAUCCUUGGAGGGGACAGUCCUUUGGGAAUCCAUGUGGUUCCCUAUUGCUCAUCUCUCAGUGGAAGGUCUCUUGGUUUGUUUAUUCGUGAAGUGGAGGAAGAGAGUCGCUCGAGUAAGGAGGGUUUGUUCCUGGAGGAUGAGUGCAUCGUCAAGAUCAACAGCACUGACCUCAUGGACAAGACUUUUAGCCAAGCCCAAGAAAUCUUCAGGCAGGCAAUGCACUCGUCCGUCGUCUCUUUGGAAGUACUUCCCUCAUCCAACAGAGAACGCUUUGAGAAAAGUCUGAUAGGUCAUCUUUUUAGCAACAAUGCCGGUCCUGACAGCAGUCCCCGGAUUCCCAAAACCAAAGAACCACCUCCGCUUGUCAAAGCCAAACCUGUAUUCAAGCCUCCUGAGAGUGCUGUCAUGAGUGUGGCAGAGGACGCUGGCUCUCUGGAAGCUGCUCGAUCCAAAGGGGGAAGUGAGGUGUCGCUUUCUGAAAAAAGCCCUGCCCUGUCCAGCCUGAUGGCCAAUAAGAAAGGAGGACGGAAAUUGAGAAUUGACCUUAAGAAAGGUUUGGAGGGGCUUGGAUUUACAGUGGUCACCAGAGAUUCGUCAGUUCACGGUCCUGGUCCAAUUCUUAUCAAAAACAUUCUGCCACGUGGGGCCGCUGUCAAAGAUGGGCGCUUGCAAUCAGGAGACCGCAUAUUAGAGGUAAAUGGCGUGGACGUAACAGGUGUCGGUCAGGAGGAACUGGUGUCCAUGCUGCGCAGCACACGGCACGGAGAGAGUGUGUGUCUUGUGGUUCUACGACAAGAAGACAUGUUUCUGCCCCGCGAGAUGAAAGAUGAGGGCUCUCGUGACCCUGGCUUAAUUUUGGAGAAUGGAAAGGAGCAGCUCAUGUUCGAGGUGCCCCUCAAUGACUCUGGCUCAGCAGGGCUUGGUGUAAGCCUCAAAGGAAACAAGUCCAGGGAGACCGGAGAGGACUUGGGAAUUUUCAUCAAAUCCAUUAUACAUGGAGGGGCUGCUUACAAGGAUGGACGUCUGCACAUCAAUGACCAGCUUGUCGCUGUAAAUGGAGAGUCUCUGCUCGGUCGCUCCAAUCAUGUGGCCAUGGAGACACUCCGUCGAUCCAUGUCACAUGAGGGAAAUUUAAGAGGGACCAUCCAACUUGUGGUGAUGAGAGUUCUGAAGGAUCAACACAGCCUGUCAUCAAAUUGCUCAUUUGACAACUCCCCGAUCUUGUCUGGUUUGAUGAACCAAGUGAAUGGCCCUGCAGGAAUAGUUUAUAAGACUAACAGUCAAAAGAACGGCACACUCCACACAUCUGAUGGGUCAUAUGCAGGUAAUUCUCAUAUGGAUGACGAGGCAGAGCAAAAUGGACAUGGAACAGAAUCAAGAAGCUCUGCUCAGCAACGCUUCUACCUACAGGAAAGGGAAAUGUCUCCGUCUCAGUACGACAUCCAGCAGCAGUUCCAGCAUGUAAAGGCCUCCAAGAGCAUAGACUUAGGCAUCACUCCAAACCAGACACACACUGUUGCAGAUGAGAGCCAUAUCGGAUCCCUGGUUGAAAACACCGCAGCUCCACCAACCCCUGUUGGACUCGGUCCGACUCUCGGCUUAAAAAAAUCUUGCUCACUGGAGAGUCUGCAGACUGCUAUGUCUGAGGUCAACAGAAAGAAUGAACUUCUACCCUUCCACCGCCCUCGUCCAAAUAUGGCGAGAGGAAGAGGUUGCAACGAGAGCUUCAGGGCAGCAAUUGAUAAGUCCUACGAUGGGCCACCUGAAGAUGAUGAUGAUGCAUCGGAGCAGAGUUCAGGAAGGGAAACGCCAGCAAGCAACUCUUCGCGCCAAGGGGUAGGGAACCCAGGGGAGGAGAAAACCAAAGCGGAGAAGAAAAAAAAGGUGAAAACCAAGAAGAAAGAAAAGCACAGAGGCAAAGGAAAAGACAAAGAGAAGAAAAAAGCAGAGGAGUCUGAGGAGACUGAAAAGAAGUCUAAGAAAAUAGGCUUUGGCCUGCUGAGAUUUGGAAAGAAAAAAGAGGACAAGAAGGAAGCCAAGGCAGCUUUGCACCGUCAGAAGUCAGACACUCUGACUGACCUGGAAUUUGAGAGGAUGAAAGACGAGCGUGAGAGAAUUGAGGCCGGACAUCCAGAUCUGCAUGAGCACCACUCCAAAGACCAACAAGUUGCAGGUGGUGGAGCCAUAUAUGAAAAUGUUGAGGAUGAUGACACAGAUCCCAAUUAUGCCCGAAUACAAUCCUUUAAGGACCGAAAUAUGGUUUCACCAGCACAGCCACAGCUUCAAUCCUCUCCACAUAAUACAGUUCAGCAUAGCUAUGUCAGGACCCCUUCUCCCCAAGGCCCAUCAACCUUUUCUGGGCAAGCCAAUCGUAGUUGUGACCCAGGAGCCAUACCUGAAGACCCGUUUGAUAGGCUUUAUGCAAAGGUCAACAAACCAAAGGCAGCUGGGACUACCACAGCUCCUGUGUGUGCAACUUUCAAUGACAGCAAUAUGGACCGAAUCCAACAGCUAAGAAAAGAAUACCAGCAGGCAAAGAGAGAGGGAAUGGUACCCCCAUAUGAAGAGGUGGAUCCUCGACGUCUAGGGAAUGAAAAGGAAAGGAUUCCAGGCAGAGGGAAAGAUCAUCGAAUGGCGCCACAAUAUGAAGAGGUGGAGCGUCAGUAUGCCUCCCUACCAAGACGAGGUCCAUUGGAUCCAGCUGAGUACACCAUGCAUCCCUGGUCAAGUCAUUACAUUGGUGCUCCCCAGGCUCCGCAAGGUUACCACAAGACCCCGUCCUACCUUAACCCCAACUCGCAGUCCCCUCCAUCAUUCUCCAACUACCCCCCAAGCCAACCAUACUCACGGCCAGGGGACCCUCGGGGAGUUGACUCUGGUUUUUACUCCCACCCAAGCUCCCAGCAGAGAGGACCCUUGCGGCAGGAUGUGCCCCCAUCACCCACCCCGCCGCUUCGGGGACUGCGGUACGACACGAUGACCCGUGGAACUACUGGUGGAGGAGGUUACAGGCACCUUGUGGAUCCCAGUCCAGAACAGUAUGGCUACACUGGGGACAGUGGACGACAGCAACAGCAACACCAAGCCAAUCCAAGACAGAAGAAUGCCAUGACUGCAGCUGUGUAGAUUCAGAUCCAGAGAGGAAAAUCUGAAAAUACGAAUAGUCUUUUAAUAGGAUGUUGCAUUCAGUGCUUCAAUGACAAACGGAAAUCAAACCUUGUAGUGGUGGAAUUCAGAUAUCUGUCACUAUCAAACACAAUCUGCUGUUUGAAGUACAGGGUCAAGCUAAACAAAGGAGGUUAAUUUUAGAUCGUCAUGCACAAUAUCCUGUUGUUUGAAGUCAUGUUAAUUGCCUCCCAAAACACAACUACACACACGAACUGUGACUUUACCGUAGAAUCAUGUCUGCUCUCAUAGGAGGGAAAUAGCAGUCAGUCUGCUGGUUGGACCACUAUUUUGCUCACAAAUGAACCCCAUUACUGUUUCCUCAUGGACCAUCAUCAGGAUCAGGAUUUAUGGAGUCCACUUUGCGACCAAAUACUAUGACACAUUCCGAUCCGUAUCCGUAUCCGUAUAAAUGCAUAUACUAGCAUAACAAAGUCUGGAACUUUCCUUCUGCACUUAUGAAUGAUUGAAAUGGUAUCAAUUAUAACAUUGUGCCACAUUUGAAUCAAAGUUAUAACCACUUCAUUUAAUGUGAAGAUGCAAUAAUUAGUUCAUUUAGAUUUUGUUUGUCUUUGAUUUUAUCUACAUGAAUGUACAAAAACUUUGUCACUCCACGUAACAUAUAGUCACACACGAACUGAGCUAGCUCCAAUAUUUGUCUUUUUAAAGACGAAUUAAUGAUAAAGGACACACCACUGUUGUAAACAGGCCAAAAUCACUGCACAUUAACAAUUGCGUUGUGUUUACAAAUACGAUAACAUGACAUUGAAUGAAUUAGUCCAUUUUAUGGCCAAUUUAAAGAGCACACACACCAAAGUAAGAUUGUUUCAUAAUAUUUAAAAAAUUCACCCGAAUGUCUGAUAUCAGUGUCUAAACAAGACAGAGAGAGACAAAGUACAAAGUAUGAAUCAGGAAAUAAAAUAACUGGAAACUUUUUUUAUUUUAGCCAUAUCAGUAGAGAUCCUCCUGGCAUCUCGGGCCUGGUGGUGUGUUCAAGUGCAUGCUGUAGUAUGCUGGAGAGUCCACUUAGUGUUGGCACACCAUUUAGCCACUUGCUGAAAAGUCACUUCACAGAACUAAGCGUUCGAACCUCUGGUCAACAUUUCUGUUUCCUAGUUUAGCAGUAUUUUAACAUCAGUGGGUAUUACAUGUACAAAAUAACAUUUCAGUAUCAGCUAAAUUGCUUUUGAUGAAACUCCACUGUAGCAUUUCAUUACAGCAUUUCACUGUCAAUUUUGGCCUAACAAAAAGGGUACGAAUGAAUCGAGGGCUAAGACAUGAAAUAGUAGUACUGAAAUGAGGUAAGUACUGUAUAUGCAGGAGGAGGAAGAAUAUAGUAGAUAGAAGAUGCAGUACAAGAAUCAUGAAUGCGGCCCAGAAGGGUUUGAGUGAGAGGUUGGCGUAAAACAUGCAAAAGUAGCUCUGCAGUGGGAGGAAUAAUAUACUUUUAGUGCCAAGGUUAAUCAUAGUUCCCCUCACUACAGGUAUUACUGAAAAAGGUAUUGCAGUAUGACAGUGAGAGUGUAUGAGUGUGAGAGAAAAUGAUCCAAUGGCAGAGCACAGAAGAGGAGCGCCACUUUCCUGAGAUUUGAAUUUUACAUGGAAUCGCUUUACUAUCAUUAUUACAAGUCUGUGUUUAGUACAAAUGUUCACGUACAAGGUGUGUCAGAAAGUUCUAGUAUGGAUGUCACAAAAAAAUAUACAGUGGUGCCUUCAUAUACAAAUUUAAUUCCUUCCAUGACCACACUUCAUCUUUUACCAUUGACAUGAAUUAAAAUGCCAAUAAUCCAUUCAUGUUUUUAAUAAGAAAAAAAAUAAUGACAUAAAUAGAACAUUUAUGUAACUUUUUUUUGCUUCAAUUCAAUGUACAUUAUGCUGCUCCUUGUGUGCACUUCGUCCACCUGGGCAUAGGAUAAUACAAACAUAGAGACAAAUGAAGUUUCACAACUGAGUAACAACUGAGUAAGCUGCAGUAAUAGUUGCCGUUUUAUCGCAACGGAUAAAGAAUGUGUACCUCGGCGUGUUGUUAUAUUGUCUGUCUCGGUGUUGCGCCACUGUUUGUUCAAAUAUCUGUUAAAGGGUUAUAACACCAUGACACUGAUGUUGUUCGUUAGCCCAUUUAUGGCGUUUUGUAUUAUUGUUAGCAUUAAGCUGAAAGGACUGUUGGAAGGCAAAACUAGUUUUUAAAGCAGAAUGUGUCAUUCUCUUUGUUUUAUGUUUAGUUUGACAGUAAACUUCUACUGGCAGUGGCAUUCAACAGUUUGAAGGUUGUUUUUUGAAGAAUUGUACACUUUCUGCCAAAGUGCUGCUUGUUGUUAAGUUAGUUGAGUUCGCCAUCACCAGAAUUGGCCGAAUGACUGCUUGUAUCUCAAAAAACGUAUAAGUCAGCUUACUCGUAUCCCAAGGCAGCACUGUUAUGUCUUUUGUAACGUCAGUCCUGGAGCUUUUCUGACACACCUCAUAUGUCAUGCUUUUUUUGGGUUUUUUUUUAAACAUUUUCUUUCGUAGUAGUGUAAUAUGGAGUCACAGAUUGUUUAACAGAUGUCACCAUUCUGCGUUUAAGCACAUAUUUUACACAAAUAAACAAGCAAACCUUUUAUGAAAAGUGUGUGCUGUCGCAAGGUGAUUCUGCUUGCAUGCUCUUUUUGCUUAUUUGUUUGAUUGUUUGUUUGUUUGUUUGUUUUGGUAUAAGCUGAAGGUACAUACCAGAGACUUCUGGUGCUCACCAAGACCAAUGUAUGAAGGAACAAAGUUAAUAAUAAUUUUUUUAUGAAAUAUAUUGUUUGCAAAAAAAUGUCAAAACAUGUAUCAACUGUCAUUUUUUAUUACUGUUCACCCAUGUUUUUUAUCCAUGUAUAUAACAUUUUUGCAUUAAAAACAUUUAAACAAC